AUGACAAAUCCAAUGAUGUCUGUGAACCCUUUCUUGACAGAGUCAGGACAGCAGAGGAUCCCACUGGUUCCCUCACCAUUUAGGCCUCCAGUGGUAGACAGAGACGUCCUGUCUUCCACUAUAGCUCCAAGUGAUCCAAGCCAGUUUUGUGUUCCUUCCCAGUUUGGAUCCUCUAUUCUACCAAAUGCGAAUAUGCCAAGCCUGCUGCCCAGUCGUGUCUGCUCAGGCUGGGGCAUUUUACCACCUGAAUCCACAAAGGCAGUGACCAGAAGAAAUGAGAUGCUUCAAAGGUAUCAUACUGCCAGGGCAGAAAUGGAAAUGUAUGCUAUUUACCAGCAAAGGAGAAUGGAAAGAGUUAAUCCCAAGGGUCAUGCUGGUCUCGGACUCCCACUCCUUUACAGGUCCAGUGGACUGGGUAUCCCAGCAGGGUACCAUAGCAGGAACAUGCUGCCAGCCAGUGACCUGCAUUUGCGCAGAAGCACCCUCAGACACCUUCAGAGAAACCCCAUUCUAGUGGCAUCUGAUCCACACUUUACAGAGUGCUGGGGCCAGAAAUACCAACUCCGGAGAGGUCCAGGGAAUCAGAACCCUCUAGACAAUGAGAGUGAGGACUUCAAAAGUCAAACAGAAGGAAAAAUCUCAGGCCACAUGCCCGCAAGUCCCAAUGAUGAGGAUGAGUAUGCCAACGACCCGGAAAUUGAAGUAUGCAGCAACCAGAAGUCAGGGGAAACUGAGGAAAAGCCAAUCACAGCUCUCACCAACCCCAGUGAAGAGCUCCAGCCCACCCAGAGAAAACCUUCUUCCCUGGUGGCAAAGGCCUGGCGUGGUGACAAGGAAAAGUCCUCAGAACAGGAGUGUGAAGCCUGUGAUGAAAAGAAUGGGGUUUGCUCACCAGUUUCCAUAGCGUCUUUGCCAGGAGCACAUGCACUGCCUGCAAUUGGGGAAAGCCAUUCUUUGGCUGAAGAUAUUCAGAAAUGGACCAUAGAAGAUGUGCAUAACUUCAUCAAAAGCCUUCCAGGUUGUUCAGAUUAUGCCCAGGUAUUUAAAGACCAUGCAAUUGAUGGAGAAACACUGCCCCUGCUCACAGAGGAGCACCUUCGAGGCACCAUGGGUCUGAAGCUGGGGCCAGCACUAAAAAUUCAGUCACAGGUAUCUCAGCAUGUGGGAAGUAUGUUCUGCAAGAAAAUGCCUUCACUUCCUGCCCAUACAAGGCAAGCAUUUGAUCACCCGGCAGCUACGUCCCCUCUUUUGGAUAUUAAUUCCUGGAGUGGUGUGUUGAAUGUUCCUUGUUCCCAGGAUAUGAUUCCUCAAAGAAUUGAGCAAGACAGUAUGAGAAACUAA